AGGAUAUCAAGAGCUGUUCUCAUCUCCACACUGUCAACAUGCGUUGCGCCAUUACUGGUUUCUGCCUAGUGCUGCUGGUGACCUCCAGCGUCGCCAUGUAUGGUAGCCGUAGUAGAAGUGGAUCUACUGGUGGUGGAUCCUCUGGGGCUUCCAACGGUGGAUAUGGCAGCAGCUCUCUGGUGGUAACAAUGGUGGAUAUAGCGGCGGCUCUUCUGGUGGUAACAAUGGUGGAUACAGUGGCAGCUCCUCUGGUGGUAACAAUGGUGGAUAUAGCGGCAGCUCCUCUGGUGGUAGCGGCUCCACGGGUGGUGGCUCUGGCAACUCUGGUGGUUCUUAUGGCUACUAUGGAAAAUAAACAAGUAGCCAGUAACUUUUUUGGAUCAAACCUCAAAAUAUUCAACAACAAGACAGCCUCCCAUUCCCGACCAACUCAGUGAAAUGUUAAAAUAUGAUGUCUAUGUUUGUAUCUUUUCAUGGAAUAUUGUAUAGAAAUUUAUGUAGAUGUAAUUUCAAUAAAAUUUGAC